GUCAGAAAGUUUGCAUAUCAACUGGCAAUAACAUAUAACAUCAAACAUCCACAGACAUGGGAUGAGAAGCAGAUGGCAGGGCCUGACUGGUUCACAUUAUUUAUGAAGCGGAACCCUAGCCUGUCAAUAAGGACUCCUGAGGCAACCAGCCUUACACGGGCCACAAGUUUUAACCGCCCAAAUGUGGAAGCCUUGGACAGGUCAUUGAGAGAUACAACUUCGACGGGGAGCGAUAUAUGGAAUGUAGAUGAAACUGGUGUAACAACAGUCCAGUCACCAGACCGUGUUGUUGCUCGUCGUGGUGUCAAGCAGGUGGGUGCGAUGACAUCAGGUGAGAGAGGUGUGCUUGUGUCAGUAGCAUGCGCUGUGCAAGCGCUGGGAAAUGCAAUUCCUCCCUUCUUUGUAUUCCCCCGUAAACGUUACAAGGAACUCUUCAUUCAGAGUGGGCCAACAGGGAGUGCAGGAAGUGGUAAUGCCUCAGGAUGGAUGCAAGAGGAAGACUUCCUCUUAUUCCUUGCUCAUUUUGCAAAACACACAAAGGUGAGCCCAGAGAAGAAGGUUUUACUUUUGCUGGACAGUCACUGUUCACAUAUAUCUGUUAAAGUUAUUGAUUUCUGCAAAGAAAAGGGAAUAGUGCUACUUACCUUCCCCCCCACUGUAGCCAUAAACUUCAGCCACUGGAUCGCAGUGUCUACGGCCCAUUUAAGAAAAUGGUGA